UCUGUGGCAGAAGUGAUGCAGCAGUCAGCAGCGGUCAGUGGGUGUAGGGGGGCAGUCCCAGUCUGGCAAGACGCUUAGUUCCCUAACCAAAGGCGUCUCUGAACCGCUCGAGAAGGCAGCAACACAGGUCUUCUGGCUGAGGAUAUACUGUGCACAUGAGGACCGAUAACUUGGGUGUAGGGACUCAACAUGCACCGAAUAACGGGAAGGACAGGAGGGGACAGUUUAAUUGAGAUGAGCCCAACAGAUUCUGUCAGUGAUGAUAUGAAUGGCUACCACCAACAAGCCUCGUCCAGCUCAGGAUCCCUCCAGCAGGGACAAUCAGCGGAGAUUGACAAACAACAACAGAGUAAAGACUCUGUGUUCUUCCGGGAUGGAUUGCGUAGGAUUGACUUUGUCCUGUCCUAUGUUGACGACAAAGAUGGGGAGAGGAAACAGGUAAGGCUAACAACUUCUAGAACGGAGAGGGUGUAUGAGUCAAAUCUUGAAAAUGUGGGCCUGGAGCUGGAGACAGAAGAUAAGACAGAGUCGGAAGAUGGAAAGACCUAUUUUGUGAAGAUCCACGCUCCGUGGGAAGUGUUAGCAACCUACGCAGAUGUGCUGAAGAUAAAGGUCCCAUUUAAGGCCAACGACAUCCCAGACAACAGCGAGAUGCCCAUGAACUGGCUGUCCACCCCUUUCCGCCUGCCAGAGCACAUCAUGCACCCUGAGCCAGAUUAUUUCACAGCUCCAUUCAACAAGAGCAAGUCUGACUUCUUCCUGAUCGACAACAAGGACACUUUCUUUCCCCCUUCUACUCGAAACAGGAUAGUCUACUACAUCUUGUCCCGCUGUUAUUACAUCAGCAAUGAAUGUGCAGAAAAAGACAAAAAGGGAAUCAAGAGGUUACUCAACAAUGGCACCUACUCUGCUGCCUUCGCGCUACAUGACUGUAGAUACUGGAAAAAAUCAAGGGAUGCAAACUGCGAAAGUGAGAGAUUCAACCUCUACAAAUACUGGGCUGGAUUCGGCUCGUUCUUCAAGGAGCAGCCCCUCAAUCUCAUAAGGAAAUAUUAUGGGGAGAAGAUAGGUAUUUAUUUUGCCUGGCUGGGUUUCUACACUGAGAUGUUGUUGUUUGCUGCUAUAGUUGGGACAAUUUGUUUCGUCUAUGGAGUCCUCACCUACGAUAAAAAUGAGUGGAGUGAAGAAAUAUGUAGUGAGAAAAUCGGAGGUGAAAUUGUCAUGUGCCCGCUGUGUGACAAGAAAUGUGGCUAUUGGAAACUCAACGCAACAUGCAACUCCUCAUGGCAAUCAAACCUGUUUGACAAUGUAGGAACUGUGUUCUUUGCCAUAUUUAUGGGGAUUUGGGUGACGCUGUUUCUGGAGUUCUGGAAGAGACGGCAGGCUCGUCUGGAAUAUGAGUGGGAUCUGGUUGACUUUGAGGAGGAGCAACAGCAGCUUCAGCUUCGACCAGAGUACGAGACCAAGUGCACCAACCGCAAGCUGAACCGCAUCACACAGGAAAUGGAGUUGAUUCUUGAAAGGACUCCUACAAAUCUAAUGGGGAAAUUGUUUGUGUGCUGGGCCACCGUGCUACUCUGGAUCUCAUUGAUCAUUGCCUGCAUCAUCGGGGUGAUAGCGUACCGCCUGGCGGUAUACGCAGCCUUCGCCAGCAUCAUGAAGGACAGUCCCACCACCAACCUGCAGGUGGUUGGCCAUCUCAUCACGCCACAGCUGGCCACCUCGGUCACUGCCUCCUGCAUCAACUUCAUCAUCAUCAUGAUCCUCAAUCUCAUGUAUGAGAGAGUGGCUGUUUGGAUCACUGACAUGGAAAUUCCCAAAACCCACCUUGAGUAUGAGAACAAGCUGACAGUGAAGAUGUUCCUCUUCCAAUUUGUGAACUACUACUCCUCCUGCUUCUACGUCGCGUUCUUUAAGGGCAAAUUUGUGGGCCAUCCUGGAGAUUAUGCUUAUAUGUUUGGCAAGACCAAACUGAGGAAUGAAGAGUGUGACCCGGGUGGCUGUUUGAUUGAGUUAACCACUCAGCUGGUGAUAGUGAUGACAGGAAAACAAGUUUGGGGCAACAUCCAGGAGGCUCUGGUCCCGUGGCUGAUGAACUGGUGGGGCAGCAGAAAGGCACGAAGCCACCCAGAGACUCUGUACAGCCGCUGGGAGCAGGACCACGACCUGCAGGGCUUUGGACAGCUGGGUCUCUUCUACGAGUAUCUGGAAAUGGUGAUCCAGUUUGGUUUCAUCACCCUGUUUGUGGCCUCCUUCCCCCUUGCACCCCUGAUGGCACUCAUGAACAACAUCAUUGAGGUGAGAGUGGAUGCCUGGAAACUCACCACACAGUUCAGGCGUCCUGUAGCAGCAAAAGCUCACAGCAUUGGAGCCUGGCAGGAGAUCCUCAAUGGGAUGGCUGUCCUCUCUGUCGUCACAAAUGCGUUCAUUGUGGCCUUCACCUCUGAUAUGAUCCCUCGGCUCGUGUACAUGUACGCCUACCAGUCAAAGGAGGAGAUGAGUAUGAAAGGCUACAUAAACAGCAGUCUGUCUGUCUUUAAUAUCUCUGAGAUACCACUGGCCAACAGACCGGAGGAUGGGGAGAACCCUCUCUGGUUCAACAACUCCAUCACUACCUGCAGGUAUCGUGAUUAUCGCUACCCUCCAGACCAUGAGAAGCGGUACACCCACACUAUGCAGUUCUGGCAUAUUCUGGCUGCGAAGCUGGCUUUCAUCAUUAUCAUGGAGCAUGUCGUGUUUGUGGUGAAGUUCUUUGUGGCCUGGAUGAUUCCUGACGUCCCCUCUGACGUCAGGGCUCGAGUGAAGAGAGAGCGCUACCUGGUCCAGGAGUAUCUCCAUAACUAUGAAGUGGAGAAGCUGAAGAUCCAGCUCAGCCAAAACAGUCAUAAUGAUUGUAACUGCACGCCUAUGAUAUAUCCGUCUUUACCCAAACAUGAGGUGCUGUCAGAGUGUCUCUAGCCCAGUGAGCUGCUGGGUCAGCUCCACAUGAAGGGAAGACAUGGUUAAAUCGAUUGUCCUGCUUGUUUAUUAAGAUACUGAGCAUCACUCUGCUGAAGUUCUAUUAAAGAGCUAGAGGCUUCGUCACUUCUAAAACAUACUCCUCUACUUAUGUGCUGACAAAGGAAGUGUACACAUGUGAAAGGCCAAGUCUCCAUGCAUGCUGAAACCUGAGGCCGAAUCAAACGUCUGUCUAAUAUUGAUGUCUUUUCACUCUCUAUGUUGUAACCAAAGUGCUGAGAAUAAUCCAAACUUGCUGUAAGUGAAAAGAAAGGAUAUUGAAUACACUGUGUCUUAGAUAGGCAACAUAUGCUUGUUUUAAUACAAGACUAUUUAUUUAAGUGCCACUAGGAGUAACCAAAGGUUAGAUGCCUUAAUAUAUCAUACACUUACUGUAUUAUUGGCUCUAAUUGCCACUAAAAUGAGAGCUGAUUUUAUUGCAAACAGAGCUUGCUCAUUAUGUGGUUUGAGUAUUUCCAUUAUUUGUAUGCACAGCUGUAUGAAGGCUUGACUAGUUGUUUUUUUUAUUACUUUUUCACAUGUUGCUUUAAUCUGUUAAGAGUCCAACAGUUUCUCCUGGCUGUAAUCUGACAUGUGGAGUAUCUUUUUUAUGAAGACUAAUCUGUGCUGCUGUUGCUACUGUGAGUAAAGGCAGAUUACGUCCUGCCAUGGCCAGUUAUGAGCACUAUCAGCUGUUAUAUGAUCACUGUUGAUAUCAAGUCCCGGUUCUGGAGAUAAGAAGCCUAAAAAAGCUCUGAGAAAGUGAACAGAUCCCUUUUCAAUGUGCCCCUGUUUACCAACACGAGCUAAUGAAAGCUUGCCCUGCUCACUGAACUUUCUCCUUUGCUGGUGCUUUUCACAACUGUGGGUAUAGAGAAAGAAAGACACACAUUCUGUUUUUUUUGCACAAAGCACUUAAUGAAACGAAUCUACCACGACUUAAACAUGUCGGUCUACUUGUCAUGACACUACAUGUUGAUAAUCGGUGUCAGGAAGCAGCUAUGUUAAUUAUUUUAUUCAUUUAAAUGGGACAAGAGUUGUAGGCUAUGUUUAUGUUGAGAUGAAAGACAAAAUAUGUAGCUUUUCCUUUUAAAUAAAAAAAAAAUGAUAUGAAGGAUUUCAUUACGCUGGCUUCAUAGAAGUAUCUGUUGAAGAAUUUAAGGUAAAAUAGCUCGCUGUGCUACAAACUCAGGCAACUAGAUGUAUACAGAUGUGACAACGUUGCAGAGAGCAGUGUUAAAGUUUCCCUUUCCACACCCUACACUCAGAAAAACGUAUGCCUGUUGAUGCCUUAAUAUACAUAAUACAACCUUUCUUUUUUGUAUUUCCCUUUACUUUUCUUAAUGUUUCUUCUCAUGUCUACUUUUGUCAUGCUUUAAUUCUAAUUUUAUACCGUUACCAUAGUUGGAAAAAUGGUGAACCCGUUGACUGUAUGAUUCAAGUUAAAAUCUCAUGUUUUCAUUCAUUUCUUUUUUGUAAUUGUCCUUUAUCUGAACUGUGUAUUGUAAGCAGUGACAAAUUUCCAAAAAUAAACUUUAUCCGACAUGA